GUGCAAUCCCCAACUCGGCCUCAGCACACUCGCGCUCCUGGGGAAUAAAGAAACGCUGACACAUUCAAUAUGGCGGACACGCUGACGUCUCCCGGCAACGGGCGAAUCUACUUGGGUUUGUGGUCUACGGGCAAGCGGCGGAAGUCAAACCGUCUGCGAUUUGUUCAGUGGCCGUUGUACUGUCAGAACCUGUGCCGGAGUGAAGUGACUACACUGGACGUUUGACUUUCUUUCACUUUCUUCUCAAGGCGCGCGCUCACGAUGUCGUCCGCGGAGACGCGCACGUUCGAAAUGGCCAAAGACGUCAUCCAGUCGGUGCACGUUCAAAGCUCUGUGGCGGACCAGAUCCACUUCUACGACCGAUGGGCCCAAACCUACGAGCAGGAUGUUGAACUUAUCGAGUACCGCGCGCCCGCUCUGGCAGCGGGCCGAGUCUCUGCCCACUUCAGCGGCGAGCCCCGAGCGGCGGCGGCGGUGUUGGACGUGGCCUGUGGCACGGGCCUGGUGGCCAAGACGAUGAAACGCGAGGGAUUCCAGCACUUCGUGGGCAUGGACUGCAGCGAGGGGAUGCUGCAGAGUGCCCGACGCAGCGGGCUGUACCGGGAGCUCAAAAUGGCCGUGCUCGGAGACCAGCCUCUUCCUGUCCCGUCGGGUGAAUUUAAAGUAGUGAUGAUUGUUGGGGCUCUGAGCGCAAGUCACAUUCCAGCGAAGGCGAUCCGGGAGCUGUGCCGGGCAGCCGAGCAGGGAGGCCUCGUCUGCAUGACCACCAGGACUAACCGUGACAACCUCGACUACAAGGCGGCCUUGGAGGGCGAGAUGAAGCAAAUGGAGGACGAGGGACUGUGGCGCCGCGUCGACGUGACCCACGUGACAGAGUGGGAGCGAGGGGUGACCGACCAAGCGACUGGGUACAUCCCUGGAUGUGUGUAUCUCUUUCAGAAGCUCUAAAGCACAACAGUACACGACACUACAGUGGAGGUGGACGUACGGGAAAAAACUGCAGCUUUAAGAGUACUAUACAGUACCGUGGUACUUGCCCGUUUAUGUGUGUGUCUGUUUAAGUCGUCGUGACUGUGAUGCAGCGCGUGACUAAAUGUCAUUUCUAUGAAUUCAAGUUUUCCCGCAUUUUAUGAUGAUUAUUCGCGCACUUGACUGACAUACAUUCGAUUGCCUUAUAGUCUUCUCGAUCUCCACGUACAGUUGAACGACACACAGCAAUGUCUGCUUUCAAGGUCCCAUGCCAUCGGAGGAACCUGUGUUUUAAAAUCUCCUAACCUCCGUGGUUCCGAGCGUGCUCGUUUUCGUGAAAGAACUUCGUUCACAACAAUGUAUAAAAAACAACCGAUUUAUUCCUGACAGAGGAGUCUAUACAUUUUGCACAGCCAAAAUGUAGCUACCCACGCAACACAGCUGAGCGGCAAUAUGACAUUUCCGGGUUUAAAGCGAACGAGUCGGCCAUAUAAAUACUAAUGUAACUGUACCAAUGUAACUGUAAUGUCAUGUUAUGAAAUAGCAAAGCUUGCAGUCAUUGUCGCCGUUUCCUAUGAGCGGGCCAACAAUCAACGCUUGGUGAAUUCUGCUUCACAACGAUAGGAAGACGGCAUCGAAAGCUUGGCCGCCGCGAGCCACGGGAUGCCGUGAUAUCGCCGAGCACCAAUCGGAGCAAAGCUGCUUUCAUAAUUUAAUUUAGAAGAAUAACAGCGAUCCGAUCAGAGCAAAGAUCAUUUACAUCUUGAAUAUUAAUGAGAAAUGCCAGGCGGAAAAGACCAACUCGGCUAGCUUGGAAAAGGGAAUCUGGGCAUUUUCUACUCAAAUUAUCUUACAAACCCGAUAAAAGGAUCAAAUAUGAUGGUAUGGGACCUAGUAGAAACCUUGUGGGAAAACAGCUUUUAUAUAUAUAUGUAUAUAUAUAUAUAUAUAUAUAUAUAUAUAUAUAUAUAUAUAUAUAUAUAUAUACAUAUAUAUAUAUGUACAUAUGUACAUAUUAUAUAUAUCAGCCUUGCGCUUAAUUCAAGAGGCCCAAAGUUAUACAUUUUGUGACAUUUUUGUUUGUGGUGUGCCAGGAGAUUUUUCUAAUCGAUUACUAUUUAAUAAUUAUGAUAAUCUGUACGCUACUCUACUGAACUCCAUAUACAUUCAGUGGCCAUAAUAUUAGGUACAUUUGAUUGGAUCAGAUACAAACUAUAUCUUUACAAAAUGAAUAUGCAUUAUUGAGAUGUUUUUUUUCUACUAUUUUGUCCUCUUCUGUAGAUAAACGAGGUGGUCAAAAUAUCAGGAACCUCUCUCAGUAUGAUACGGUGCAAAAACUACAAGCACGUAUUUCUCAAAUGAUUGGUGAUAAUAUCCAAAAGAGUAAAAGCAGGGCAGCAUGGCGUGCUAGUGGUUAGCACGUCUGCCUUACAGUUCUGACAUCCUGGGUUUGAAUCUCUACUCCGGCCUUUCCCUCAACCCCCCCGCCCACACAUUCCAAAAACACGUUAGCGUGUUACCUUCCUUGAAGAUCAACAAAUGGUGCAAAGGCGAGAUUGUGAGUGGGAGUGCGUCUUUGUCUGUAGGUGGCCUGUGAUUGGCUGGCAACCAGUCAAGUCAGCUGGGAUUAGCCCAGUGAGGAAAAGAUAAAAUGGACAGAUGACCGAAGGCAACAACCAUUUUGACGUCCCCAAAGACAGAAGAACAAUGAUUACGAUAUUAUGACUGAAUUAAUAUACCGAUUACUGAUACGGAUAAUGUUCCAUCUUCUUCUUCUUCUUCUUCUUUUCCUUUGGGCUUGUCCCGUUUGGGGUCGCCACCGCGCGUCAUCCUUUUCCACGUACGCCUCUCUCCUGCAUCCUCCUCUCCAACACCAACUGCCCUCAUGUCUUGCCUCACGACAUCCAUCAACCUCCUCUUUGGUCUUCCUCUCGCUGUCUUGCCUGGCAGCUCCAUCCUCAUCACCCUUCUACCAGUAUACUCACUCUCUCUCUCCUUUGGACGUGUCCAAACCAUCCAAGUCUGCUCUCUCACUUUGUCUCCAAAACAUCGAACCUUGGCUGUCCUGCUGAUGAGCUCAUUUCUCAUUCAAGCACAUAUAUUCGGUUUUACUUCAGCUUAUCUUCAUUCCUCUCCUUUCCGGUGCAUGCCUCCACCUUUCUAACUGUUCCUCCACCCGUUUCCCUGCUUUCACUGCAGAUCGCAAUGUCAUCCGCAAACAUCAUAGUCCAUGGGGAUUCCAGUCUAAGCCUCUCCAUCACCAUUGCAAACAGGAAGGGGCUCAGGGCUGAUCCCUGAUGCACUCCCACCUCCACCUUCAACUCAUCUGUCACACCUAUAGCACACAUUCUAACAUACUUCUCUGCCACUCCGGACUUCCGCAUGCAGUGCCACAGUUCCCCUCUGUGUACUCUGCCAUAGGCUUUCUCUAGAUCCACAAAGACACAAUGUACAAGCCCAAUUCAAACAUAAAUAAAAACAGAAUACAAUGAUUUGCAAAUCAUGUUCAACCUAUAUUGAAUUGAAUACACUACAAAGACAAGAUAUUUACGUCAUGGGUUUGUGUUCCGGGUUUUGUCUUCCCCCCCUGUUUCUCACACACCUGCUCCUGUGAGGAUCUCCACCACCUGUUCCUCGUUCACCCCAAUUACCUAUUGUAUUUAACCUCGUUUCUCGUUCCCUCUCGUCGCCAGUUCGUUGUACCUUGUCGUCGCGUUCCAGCAUUCCUUGUUUCCACGUCACAGACUCACAGUAAGACUUGACCCUGUUCCGAUUAACGACCUCGCCUCUUUGCCUCAUGUUUUUGGAUACUGUUGCCUUUCUUGGAUUGCCUGCCCGUGUACCGACCUAUGCCCGUCGAUUAAACCUCUCUUUUUGGAAACUGUCCCUUUGUUUUGGAGUCGUGCAUUUUUGGGUCCUAUCCUCUGUUCCAUUCAUGACAAUUGAAUGUUCAAACUGAUACACUUGAUUGUUUUUAGCAAAUAAUCAUGAACUUAGAAUUUUAUGGCUGGAACACGUUCCAAAAAAGCUGGAACAGGUGGCAAAAAAGUUGAGGAAUGCUCAUCCAACACCUGUUUGGGACAUCCCACAGGUGAACAGUCUCAUUGGGAACAGGUGGGUUCCACCAUUGGGUAGAAAAGGAGCUUCCCUGAAUUGCUCAGUCAUUCACACGCAGAGGUGGGGCGAGGUUCACCUCUUUGUGAACAGGUGUGUGAGAAAAUAGUCCAACAGUUUAAGGACAAUGUUCCUCAACGUACAAUUGCAAGGAAUUGAGGGAUUUCAUCAUCUACGGACCAUAUCAUCAUCAUCAAAAGGGUCAGAGAAUCUGGAGAAAUCACUGCAUGUAAGCGGCGAGGCCGCAAACCAACAUUGAAUGCCCGUGACCUUCGAUCCCUCAGGCGGCACCGCAUCAAAAACCGACAUCGAUGUGUAAAGGAUAUCACCGCAUUCUGCACUUGUUAUAACAGCGUGGCUUGGUAGUAAAAGAGUGCAGGUACUAGACUGGCCUGCCUGCAGCCCAGACCUGUCUCCCAUUGAAAAGGUCUGGCGCAUUAUGAAGCGUAAAAUACGACAACGGAGACCCCGGACUGUUGAACGGCUGAAGCUGUACGUCGAGCAAGAAUGGGAAAGAAUUCCACCUACAAAACUUCAACAAUUAGCGUCCUCAGUUCCCAAACGUUUCUUGAAUGUUGUUCAAAGAAAAAGUGAUGGAACACAGUGGGAAACGUGAGCCUGUUCCAGCUUUUUGGAACGUGUUGCAGCCAUAAAAUUCUAAGUUAUUUGCUAAAAACAAUAAAGUUGAUCAGUUUGAACAUUAAAUAUCUAAUAUGUCUUCGUAGUGUAUUCAAUUAAAUAUAGGUCGAACAUGAUUUGCAAAUCAUUGUAUUCUGUUUUUAUUUAUGUUUAACACAACGUCCCAACUUCAUUGGAAUUGGGCUUGUAGCGCCUUGUGACCUUCUCUGUACUUUUCCAUCAAUAAUGCAUCUGUGGUCCUCUUUCUAGGCAUGAAACCACACUGUUGCUCGCAAAUACUCACUUCUGUCCUGAGUCUCGCCUCCACGACUCUUUCCCCUAACUUCAUAGUGUGGCUCAUCGACUUUAUUCCUCUGUAGUUGCCACAGCUCUGCACAGCAUCCUUGUUCUUAAAAAUGGGCACCAGCACACUUUUCCUCCAUUCCUCAGGCAUCUUCUCACGCGCUAGAAUUCUAUUGAACAAGCUGGUCCAAAACUCCACAGCCUAGAUGCCUCCUAGAUGCUAGUCAUCAGGACCAACUGCCUUUCCAUUUUCCAUCCUCUGUAAUGCCUUUCUAACUUCCCCCUUACUAAUCAUGGCCAGUUCCUGGUCCACCACUCUUGGCUCCUCUACUCUUCCUUCUCUCUCAUUUUCUGUAUUCAUGAACUCCUCAAAGUAACGAAUAAUUUUCCAU